AUGUGCGUGAGCGCUAAAGCCUGGUUUACUUGCUCAAUCCUCUUACUAGACAUGGCUGACGAAAUUGCUCUCGCGCGUGAACGCCUCGCCGCCAAGUUCGGCGACGUCCGCACCGGCGGCAAGGGCUCGGUGCGCCGAAAGCACAAGGCGGCGCACAAGCCCGCCCCGGGUGAUGACAAGAAGCUCAACGCCGCCCUCAAGAAGCUCGGCGUGACGCCCAUGCCGGACGUGAACGAAGUCAACCUCUUCAAGGCCGACGGCCAGGUCAUCCACUUUGUCCAGCCCAAGGUCCAGGCCUCGAUCGCCUCCAACACGUUCGCUGUCUCGGGCCCUGCCUCGACCAAGUCGCUCCAGGAGUUGCUCCCCGGCAUCAUCAACCAGUUGGGCCCGGACAACCUUGCCAACUUGAAGCAGAUCGCCGAGACGUACACGGCCAUGCAGCGCAACGCCCAGGGCCACUCGGCCCUCGACGACGAAGACGAUGACGAUGUCCCGGACCUCGUCGAGAACUUCGAGGACGUCAGCGAGCAGGAUUAAACAAGCCAACCGUUAAAGUAGACUCGCGCAUGUAGUAGUCUACCUUCUUCCCGUCUCUAGUACACACGCCGAGCGUGCGCCAGGCUUACGACAACACUUUUU